GUGUCAUGCCCCCGGACGAGUACCAUUGCCAGGUCGAUAACUCUGCUUACACCAACGCCGUGGCCCAGCGGAGCCUGAGUUUCGCAGCUGAGGUUGCUCGGGACUUCUCCAUCCCCGUGCCAGAGCAGUGGGUGGACUGUGCUGAGAAAGUCAAAGUGCCCUUUGAUGCGGAGAAGAAAUACCACCCCGAGUAUGACGGGUACAGCCCCGGUGAGCCAGUGAAACAGGCUGACGUUGUCCUGCUUGGGUUCCCCCUGAUGCACCCCAUGAGCCCUGAAGUCCGGAGGAACGACCUGGAGAUGUACGAACCCGUCACGGAGCCGGACGGGCCAGCCAUGACCUGGAGCAUGUUUGCCGUGGGCUGGCUGGAGCUCAAGGAGGUGCAGAGAGCCCAAAGCCAACUGAACAAGUGUUUCCGCAACAUCACGGAGCCCUUCAAGAUCUGGGUGGAGAACUCGGAUGGGACAGGAGCCGUGAACUUCUUGACGGGGAUGGGUGGAUUCUUGCAAGCUGUCCUCUUUGGCUACACGGGGUUCAGGAUCACGAGGACCAGCCUCUGCUUCGACCCUGCCUUCCCCGACGAUGUCAACAGGUUGAAAGUCGCCGGCGUCUCCUACAUCGGCAACAAACUGGAGUUCACCAUCACCAGAGAGGAGAUCAGGAUCCGAGUGACCGAGUCUCCCCAGGACCUUCCGGCGUCUCCGCUGGAAGCGGUGCUGGCGCAGUCGGGGCAGCGGUUUCCGCUGCGGGAAG